AUGAAACUCACCUUGCCUCUCCGUGUUGCAAAAGAAUUGAAAUCCGAGAUUGCUCGUUCCAAAAAUGCUACUCUUUCAGACCUCAAAACAAAACUUUUAACAUUGACUCAGGAUGCGGAGCGUCCUUCCACAGAGUAUGAGACUGAAAUUCCUCUGAAAAGUCACAACAAAACAAGAGAUUUUUUUGCCUCGAAUACCAAUGAUGCCCAUACACAUAAGAAUGAAUCAUCGUCGUCGUUUCGGACUUUUCAUGAAAGCAAAGGUUCAGCUCGUCAAUUUCCUGAGCAUCGUAGCAAAGCCAAGUAUAAUAGAAAAAGGACAAAAGUCAAUAAGUCACACUCAAAAUUUGCACCAAUUAGUUGGGAACAAGGAUUUACAAGCUCGGAAGAUGUUCCCAAAGCGAAGACUUCAUAUCAGGCGAAAAGUGAAUUUGAUGCCAUGAUCAAGGACUGGAUUAGCACAAAUUGGCUCAAUGCAGACAAACUUUCGAUUCAAAAGAAGCCUUGUCACUUUCUGAUACACGAUAGACUUGCGUUUAAUGGUUUAUCUGUUUUCAAUGCUGUACUCUUAAAUUUUAGAAAGCAGUUCCCUGAUUUAAGGUUCUCCGGGAAAAAUCUUAGACAACGCUGGCAUGAUGAGUUUUGUACUAUGUCAAUCUGUGGUCAUAGGGAGGAUACUGAAGUUAUUAGAAAAAUGUUACGUGAGUUAGUGAAAACUGUAUUUAUGCCGUCUUUCAAACUUUGCAAUAAGAAUCCGGGGGUUUUGGAUUCGUAUAUCACAAAAGCAGAUUUCGAGUUGGCCAUAAAUGAUACGCUUCGUCGUUGUAUCAGGGCUAAUAAAAGAAUGAUUAACUACCUUAAAAAUUUUGAAAAUCUUAACCCAAAUAAUAGUUUUACAUACAUUAAGGAUAGGGAGCUUUCCCUUCUCCCUGCGUUGGAUUACCAGUCGCUUGUUCAUAAUUCGAGAGAGAAUACAGGCGUAUUCAAUAAAUUUUCCGUUCUCCAAUAUGAUUACAUUUUUGGAAACAAAGUUAAUGAUUUUAAAAACUUAAAGAAAGUUGAGGACAUUAUGGAUUCAAUCCCGUCAAAGAAAAAUCCUUAUUUUAUAAUUAUGACAGGUGAUAAACAGACUUCUCUAGAAUAUUACAGAUUACUUAAAUUGAUGCGGCAAACUAAUGACGAUGCAUCUUCAUUCACAAAAAAGGGAUGCGUUGUAUAUUUAAAUGAAAAACCUGGUUCUGAAACGUCCAGCUUUUUCCCUCCUGAUAAGAAAAAAAAUGUGGAUUAUGGUUCUCAGCUGUAUAAUAUUAUUGAUCACUUUGGUGAGGUUUACGAUGUACUGGAAGCUCUUUGA